UGAAUAGCUUCCCCCUUAUACCCUCAGACCCAGUUCCAAUCUAAACGAACUUCAACUACAACUUAAUCGCCCGUAAAAAAUGUUGGAUAUUGCAGUUGAACCUAUUUGAAUAUUUGUAAGGUGCUUGAGAUGAUAAUAGACUAUACAAAAAGAGAAAAGCCUAAAGUGAAAGCUCUUUAGUACAAUUAGGGGAGGUUUCUAUAAUACUGUAUUGCUGAAAUGGUGAAAAUUGUAUCGUUCUUGUCCGUACUUUCGUGGAAAUGGAUGUGACACCAUGGAACAGGACUACGGGUUUCUCCACAACAGCUGAAAGAUAUGAUUAUACAACAACGGAAGAAAGUCCCUCCAAUUACGACCAUGAAGGAGCCAUGAAAUUUAUAAUUAGUACCAUACUUGUGUACUCCCUCCUUGGGAUCGUAACCAUGAUGCUUAGUCGUCUGCGGAAGAAGUCCAACGACUACCGCAGGCAGUUGGACGAUGACGUGACUCAUUUCAUCAAGACUGGAAACAGACUCCGCCAGUCUUUUCAUCGACAGCAGUUGAUCUUUCGGAGGAAUACGUUUGUGAAAAUGAUAAAGACGAAAGAAACCAUGGAAGCGUACGGUAUGGACGUGGAGGAAGGAGGAGACUCUUCCACAGCAAGCGACAGAGACAGUGAAGAGGCGCGAAAACUUCAACACGCAGACGAUCAUAUUCCCAAGGUCACAUUCCAUAUAGAAGACGAGGUCCGGAAUGAGCCGGAGUCAUUAGAGGAAUUGAAAUUACCGUUAAAGACAUUAACCGAUUCAUCUUGCCAAACAGACGAUGACUUAUGCUCAUAAUUGGUCCAUUUACCUAUAACGUGUUUAUAAUGUUCUGUUCCUUCGUUUUGAAACUUAUUUCUGGAGAAAAAUACGGUGUAUGAAAUGUUAUGCAAUGGAACCGAGACUUUGUGUGUCUUUCGCAACAGUACGGAUCCUGGAGCCCAGCAGGAGUACGAUGCCAAUGGCGCCAUGUUGUUUGUUGUAGCUACGAUUUUAGUAUACGCUGGAGCAGUGGUGGCUUUUAUUGCGGGGCAUAUUAAGAAAAGAAGAUUCAACAAUGAGGAGGAGGUUCAAAUUUACAGAUAUCUAAACCGAUCGUUCAAAAUCCAACAAAGUGUUCGAAGCAGUGACGUACUUCAAACUCGUCUUCAACUUUUGCGCGCUUUUCAAGAGAAUACUGGGUGUGGAAAUAGACGCGAAAGAAACAAAAAUCUUGUACAUUCGCAAGACUUGGAAUAGCAGUGUGACGGAGGCCUGUCUAUUUUAUUGUAUGUCAAUCAGCCAUCAACAAGAUUUGUCUAGCUUUUGAGCCAAGACUACGCAAUCGGGGUAUAUUUCGCUUGAAACCACAGUCAUUUUGAACAUGUUUUAACGCAAAAAAUAGAUAUCUAAGUCCUACUGAAAGUCCAAGGCCUUGUUAAAAUGGUUCUGAUUCUAUAACCUCACUAUAGGUACAUUGUGAAUAUGCAUUUAAUAUCUAAUUAUUCUGUCCGUCAACAACCGGGAACACCAAUGUCUAGUGUAUGACCACGCUCUUUACAGAAAACCCUUGGGAUGGGGUGGAGUUUGUUUUUAUUUGGAGAAAAAGUUUGCAUGACAUUUUGUUUGUCUGUUUAUUCAUUUGCCAUUCCACUUAAUAUUAUUGCAUUUAAACAAUAAAGUU